UGUGCGUGGCCUGCCCUGCUCCAGUGCUCCAGUGCUCCACUGCUCGACACAUUGUCAGCGCAACUCUGUGAACGCAGCUGAAAAGUCAGCAGUGACAAAAAGUGAAAGCGGAAACGGAAACAGAAGCGCCAUAGAACCGAGAGGCAGCGGCAGACGCAGAGGCAGAGGCAGAGGCAGAGGUGGCAGCAACGUUAACUGCGACAACUGUGAAAUGUGCGGCUGCAUUGUUGUUUUGUUAGCACUUUGACCCAAAUCGCAUCGCACUUAACUGCACUGCACUGCAUAGGAUAGGCCAUCGUAUCCUGUACGAUAGCAUCCCAGGCCAGGUGUGUCAGUGAGCUGAUUUUGAGCGCGGACUUUUCACUGUCGAAAGAAAGUCGCGAGUGUCCCCCGAUCCGAUCAGAACCCGUAGGACUGUUGGCCACCUCUCUCACAUGCACCAGCAUUGAAGGGUUCGAAGUCACAGUUACUGAAAGGACACUGAAGGACGCUGCUGUUCUCGAAGGACAUUCCACUAGAAACGAUUCAUCAUUGCCCCUGCCACCGGAAGAGCAGCCACUACAGCAGCAAAUUGAAUGUGAAUUACAUAAAAAGCGAGUGUUAAUUUUUUGCCGGCUACACAAGAUACAGAUACAGAUACAGAUACAGAUACUGUGCUAACGCGCAGUGACAUGAAAAAUGAUGGAGAUGGAGCUUGUUUCGCCGCCUCCAUGCAACUCCUAGAGAAGAAAGGAAGAAAGAAACCAACAAGAAGGCUGCAAAUUGGCGACGUGUUGCUUUGUUGCACGCAGGACAACAGACAACAAAAAAGGCAACGCUGCACAUUGCCAGAGCAUCAUCCAUCAGGGGGGCAUAUGUGCGCCGGAGCUACUGCCGGCCAUUGUGCUGCUGAGGGAGCUGAAAGGAUUCUGCGCGUUCAUUCAAAAAGCCAUUAGCCCUAAUAAGCAGCCGCCCGCCGUCAAUGUGCCAGCCCCAACGUCGGCUCUAGGCAAGCGAACAGAACGGAACAGAAAAGAAGAGAAACCAAGCCGAACCAAACAGAACCAAACCGAAGCGAAGAGAACCAAACCGAGGCGAUCCAAUGUUGCCGCCACGGCUGCUGCUCCGUCUGCGGCGGCCCAUGCAUCUGAUGGAGCUGCGCAUCCUUCUGCUCUGCCUGCCGACCCUGCUGCUGGCCACAACCCUCGAGCCAGAUCAAAAGUCCGUGCUCACAGACAACGACUGGAAGAAGCUAUGGAUGCGCGGCGGCAUAAGCGGCGACUCCAAAUUGGACAACAGUCUCGACUCCAGCGACAGUCCCAUGUUCGAGGACAGCGAGCUGAUGGCGCACAACACCACCGUCCAGCUGGGUGGCACCGCCUUUCUCGUCUGCAAGGUCUCCGGCGUGGAUAGAGUGGGUGUAAAUUGGAAUCAGAUCUCUUGGAUCCGUCGCCGGGACUGGCACAUCCUCUCGUCGGGGGCCCAGCUGUACACCAACGACGAGCGCUUCGCGAUACUCCACACGCCCGGCUCCAACAUGUGGACGCUGCAGAUAAAGUUUGUGCAGCGGCGGGAUCACGGCAUGUACGAGUGUCAGGUCUCGACACCGACUGGCAUCAUUUCGCACUUUGUGAAUCUCCAAGUGGUCGUGCCGGAGGCCUUCAUCCUAGGCUCCGGCGAGCUGCACGUCGACAUGGGCUCUACAAUCAAUUUGGUUUGCAUUAUUGAGAAGAGCCCCACACCACCGCAGUACGUGUACUGGCAGAAGAACGAUCGGCUCAUCAACUACUACGACGCCAGGCGGGACAUCUCCAUAGAGACCACACCGGGGCCGCGCACCCAGAGCCGGCUGAUCAUCCGCGAGCCCCAGGUCACCGACUCGGGCAACUACACGUGCUCGGCCAGCAACACGGAGCCGGCUAGCAUCUACGUUUUCGUCUCGAAAGGCGACAAUAUGGCGGCCAUCUCCAGGCGGAAGACCUCCUCGGCGGAUCGCCUGGCGCACAUAUUUAGGUCGAUGCUGGCGCCCUGCCUUCUGCUGAACACUGUUGUUGUGAGACGCAUCUUCCUGACCUAAGCGCCUCCCAGGGCGGUGGACACGGGGCGGAGGGCUCGCAAAACAUCCUAUUUAAGCUAUUUCAGUGUUAGAAAGGAGACCCAAAGAAGGCAUCAACCAAAGCUAGAAUAAUUGCUAACUUAAGCAACUUAAGCGCCCCCGAGGGCGGGGCAAUCAAGUGUAAAAAUCAUGCAAAAACCAAUCACAGACGAGCUGCAUUUAGCCGGACUCGCUUGGACAGCCCAGGAGCGUUUAGAUAAGCCCCAGUUUAGUUGAUAAACUCACUUCCCCGUUGAUUGUGUACAGUAUGUUGAUGAAUUUUGAUAUAUGAUUAGGUUCCACCCACCCCCAUCCCCCCCAUCACCCCCCUUCCUCUGUGCGAGUCCGGAUCGGCAUCAACCUCUCGUACGGUAACGAAAAUUUGCAUAAGUAGACAAUUUCAGUCCAUUCAAAGCAAGGCAUACACAUAUGUAUCCAUGUAUCUGUGUAUCUGUGUAUGCGUAGACAUUAAAACGCCAUUAUAAAUGUUACUAAUUGAGAAAGAGGGCAGGGGGCACGUCCAGCCCGGAGGGAAGACAUCAGCAUCAACAACCUGCAAUAAUUAAUUGUGUUAUUAAGUUUGUAAAUAAAUUCCAGAGCAAAAGGCACACCAGGACGCCAGGACACACAGCCAUAUUAAAUUGUGUACAUAAAAAGAAAAACAGGAAAAACCAAAAGGCAGGACUGAAAAUCAGAAAAAAUUGGUGUGAGGAGGGCCAAGCAGGGGGCAAGAACUCAUGGCUAGUACAGUCCCCCCACCCCACCCCCCUAACCACCUCUCGACUGUCCACACGAUAUAUAUCGGCAAUCCGACUUAACCAAAAAAAACAUAACCAACAUUCGUUCAGUGUCAGUGUACGUAAUUUACAAAA